UGCGGUGCGUGGGGGGCGGGGCCUCUCAGCCGUUUCAGCAUGGCCGCCGGCACUGCAGCUGCCUUGGCGUUCCUGAACCAGGAGAGCCGAGCCCGGGCUGGGGGUGUGGGAGGCCUGAGGGUGCCGGCUCCGGUCACGAUGGAUAGUUUCUUUUUCGGUUGUGAGCUCUCCGGCCACACCCGCUCCUUCACUUUCAAGGUUGAGGAGGAGGAUGAUACGGAACACGUGCUGGCAUUGAACAUGCUGUGCCUUACCGAGGGGGCCAAGGACGAGUGUAAUGUGGUGGAAGUUGUGGCCCGAGAUCACGACAACCAGGAGAUUGCAGUUCCUGUGGCCAAUCUCAGGUUAUCUUGCCAGCCCAUGCUGAGUCUGGAUGAUUUCCAGCUCCAACCGCCUGUAACCUUCCGCCUGAAGUCGGGUUCUGGUCCUGUGCGCAUCACUGGUCGGCAUCGGAUUGUUUGUAUAAACAAUGAUCUUUCUGAAGAAGAAAGUGAGGAUGAGGACAGCGAAGAGGAGGAAGUUGAGCUGUGUGGCAUCCUUCCUGCCAAAAAGCACGGGGGCAGGCCUUAGCCCUCUUUGGUUAGGUAGCUGAUCGCUGCAGGCUUCAUGCACCAUAUGUUCCUGGACACGUUUCAAGAAUUGUAAAUGGUUUUCUCUCGUUGAAGAGGAGAGUUUGGGACGGGGGCAAGUGGGAGGGGUCAGGCCGGUGCUAAGGGGCGGGGAUUCUCCAUCGGGCCUUGUGUUUGCUCCUCCAGGUUCCCUGAAGCUUCCCUUUCUGUUGGGGUGGAUGACGUCUCACCUGACCUUCUCCCCCCCCUCCACCUGCCCAGAUUGAAAGUUUUGUGAACCCCCAGGUUCAAUUCCCAGCACUGCAAAAAAAAAAAAAAAAUGUCUGAAGUUCAGAACAAAACAUUUUUAACACUUUUUACAUUUUUAGAUAAAGAUCUAAAUAAAGUGGUGUAUGGUUUUUUGCAA